CUGAUAUUCAAACUGGUUGGGCAGUUGGGCUCUGGGCGAGCUGGCUGAGGGACCGGGUUACACUGCGAGUUUUAUUGAUAAAGUCCAGCGGGAACGGAAGAGACUUUUUUGAGGGCAGUUAGCUCCGUUAUCUGCUUUUCCAGACGCCUCGGGUUGAGAAGAUGGCCGUGCAGCAGCCUGGAGAUUCUGCUGAUCUGUACACAUUCGAUGCCGCGUCUCAUGUAAUGCACGAUUUUGGCACAGACUCGGAAGAUCUUUCUGAUCAGUGGUUUGAACUGAUGGCUGCGCCAAAAAAUGGGGAAAUGAAGCAACUCACAACCCCUUUGAGGGUGCUAAAACCUCUUGAUGGGGUGCACAGUGAAGAUUUGCCCAAAGCCAUAGUCUCCCCCAUGGUCCAUGUGGCUGAGAUGACCGCAUCAGCUGAUGUUCCUGAAAGUGCUGUUUCAGAGCCUCCAUCUAAUGUUGUGACUUCGUGGGGAGAUGGCAGACCGACUGGAGCUCAGAAGAAGAAUGUUCUGGCUCAGCCACGCAGAGUAUUGAAACGCUCUAUAGUCAAAGAGCAACCUCAAGCUCCAUCAACACCACCUGUCUUGAAGAAAAGGAGGAGCUCAACAGGUGCAAAGCAAGCUCGCCGCAGUGGCGGUGCCACCAGACGCAGCAUCAGGCUAAAGAACAAGACACCCAUGCCCUCGGUUUCUGCAUCUACCUCCUCUGCUAACCAGCAGAAGAGCACAGAGCAGCAGGAGCUGGAGCGCAUUGAGGCUUUACAGAAGGAGGUGGCUGACCAGCGCAAGAGGAACGAAGCCAGCUACAGAGCUGCACUGGCAGGAAGUCAGCCUCCAAAGAAGCAAGUGCUGUCCUCUACCAUUCCCAAAGAAUUCAACUUCUGCUCAGAUAAUCGAGUGAAAAACCACACAGAAGUUUCUGACGCGUCAUAUAAGGUGUAUGACUUUACUUCACAACUGCGCAAGCACCCUUCCUCACCUUUAAAGGCUCCUAAGGGCACCACAGUCCCCAAGCCCUUCAACCUCUCCACUGGCAGCAAAAGGAAGUUGGAUGAAGCCAACCCUUAUGUGUCCAUGGCUGAGCAGAUUGAGCAGUUUCAGAAGCGCACACCUACACGUUAUCACCUGCGCAGCCGCCAGAAUCAGGAAAAGGGCCCAUCACCAGUGAAGACUGAGAAGCUCAAGGUUACUCAACCUCACACCCCUCAGCUGCUGACCCGCCAGAGGAGCCGUCCUGUCAUGGUGAAGAGUACUGCUGAGAUUGAGGCUGAAGAAGUGGAAAAACUGCAGCAGUUCAAGUUCAAAGCUCUAGAGCUCAAUCGCAAGAUCCUUGAAGGGGCCCUGGCUCCUAAGAAGCCUGUUCCUAAAGAAGCGACUCGUCCAGUGGGUUUCCAGCUGGAGGUGGAGAAACGUCUGCAGGAGCGCCAUGCCACCAUAAAGACAGUAGAACAGGACGACUACACCUUCCACUCCAGACCUUUACCAGCCCGUAUCCUGGAAGAAGUGGUGGGUGUCCCAGAGAAGAAAGUCCUGAACCCUACAGUCCCAGAGUCUCCUGCUUUUGCGCUCAAAAACCGUAUACGUGUGGAACGCAAGACCGAAGAGGUGAAGGCACCAGCUCCAGUGAAGGCACUUCCUGUGCCCCACUAUGUGCCUUUCCAACCCAAACCUGCAGCGAAGAGCCAUGUAGAAAUGUGUCCGUUCUCAUUCGAUCAGCGUGAGCAAGAGCGCAGGGCACAGAAGGAGAAAAGACUGGAAGGACUGAGACACGAAGAGGUGUCCAAGUUCAAGGCUCGGCCUCUGCCUGACUUCCAUGAAGUGAAUCUUCCAGAAAAGAAAGUAACUGAACCGACAAAACCUGCUCCUUUCAAGCUGAGUGUGGAUGAGCGUGGAUCUCUGAAGAGUGAACGUUGGGAGAGAAUGAUAAAAGACGAGUUGAAGCAGCAAACUGAUGCAGCGUGCUUCAAGGCGAGACCUAAUACAGUUGUGCACAAGGAGCCUUUCGUGCCCAAGAAAGAGACCCGCUCCGUCUUGGCCGAUACUACCCUUUCUGUAGCUGGCGAGGGUUUCCAGCUAUCAACAGAGCGGCGGGCCAAAGAGCGGCUGGAGUUUGAGCGGACUCUGAAGGAGAAGGAGGCGCUGAGAGCUCAGAUGGAGGAGAGACGAGCCAGAGAGCAAGAGGAGCAUGAGAAGGAAGAAAUCACCAGAUUACGACAAGAGCAGGUGCAUAAAGCCCAGCCAAUCAGACGCUAUAAACCAGUCGAGCUGAAGCACAGUGAGAUAUCCCUCACCGUGCCCCAGUCUCCCAACUUCUCUGACCGCUUUCGUUUGUAAAGUCUUGUCAGGAUAAACUGUACAUAAUUUAAGUGUUUUUUACUUAUAUAGCUUUUGUUUAACUGCUUUUUAAAAGGGUGUGCUUGAGUACUUUUUUAAAAUCCUCUGAGGCUGUAGAUUGUUCUGCCCUCAGACUUGUGAUUGUUAUUACAUUAUGCAAACUGAUGUACAAUACUUUGUCUUUCUGUACAUGUAAUCUCCAUUUUCUGUCCUAACAUUUCCCUUUUCUUUAUAAUGUAUUAAAGGUUGUGAUGGAA